CAAAAUGGCGGAAGGAACAGUUGAGAAAAAUAUAAACUUUUUCAGAUUUAUUUUACAAAAACUACCGAAACAGCAAGAAUUGCAAAAAAUUAAAGCUUUCAGAUAUUGUAUAAAAUCGAAUUACUUUUUCUGCCAUUUUAAUGACAACCAUUUAAUCGUCAGCAGUUUCCAAAAUGCGGAAGCCAAAAUUGUAGAAGAUCUCGAACAUGUUGAAGGAUUUGCCCUACAAACUGAUGUGGAAAGUUUUAAAACUGGUAAAAUUGCUACCAUAAAUAAGGAUGGGGAGCUACUGGUGUAUGAAUACCAAGGAGACAAAUAUGUUUUACAAGAGAAAUUGGAUUUAAGAUCUGCCUUAACUAAAGUAAACAUCACUGAGUUUGAGGCAUUAGAAUUGACAUCAUUCAAAAGAGAGAUAAUUACAGUAUAUAUAAACAAGAGUUAUCUGGUACAGUGUUCCAUUAAGGAUCAUCAGUGUGAUGUACUUUCUAACAUUACACUACCUGAGACUAUAAGUGAUGUCAACAAAUAUGUGAUUAUUGGUGGGGUCUGUACAGUUCUGGAUAUACAUGCUUCUAUGUUAUUAUUUUACAGUAUUGAUACAGGGAAAGAGAUAUCAAAGAUUGAUAUUAGACAACUAGAUAUAUCAUCAAUACAAGCAUGGACUAUGUCCGAUCAAUUUAAAUACCUCGCCCUGGUCCUCCAGUCUGGAGAUAUACACCUUGUAGAUCUUCACUCAUAUUGUACAACUUCUCCACAACAAGGGAGACAACCAACAGAACAAUAAUUGCCCAUCAUAUCUUAACACAUGCCCAGUACGGAGA